CGGUCCGCGAAAAUAUGGCUGCUGCCUUUCGGGCUUUGGAACGAGUUUGGCUGCAGGCGCCACGAACUUCGGAGUGUCCCGGGGUGGCAAGCACAGUCUCUGCCUGCUGCCGCUGCCCUCUCGGAGCUAAAAGAUAUCUACUUACAGAUAAUGUCAUGAAAUUAAAAGAAUUUCAACAUUUGAAGAUGGCCGUUGCAUAUAAUCUUUCUGGUACCAAAGAAACCUAUUUUAGAAACUUGGAAGAGAAGUUGACCCAGAACAAACUCAUCUUGAAGGAGGAGUUGAAAACAUUGCUUCAUUUGUGUCAGUUCCGGGACGAUGUGGAGCUGGCUAAAAAUGUCAUUUAUAGGUACCAUGCAGAGAACAGAAAUGUCACUGUGGGGGAAUUUAAGUUUGGACCAGUUUUCAUGAGGCUGUGUUACGAGUUGGAUCUUGAGGAAUCUGCAAUGGAGCUCAUCAAAGAUCAGCAUCUAAAAGGUUUCUUCUCGGACUCUACAUCAUUCAAUAUUUUGAUGGAUAUGUUGUUUAUCAAAGGCAAAUACAAAAGUGCACUGGAAGUAUUGAUAGAGAUGAAAAACCAAGAUGUGAAGUUCAACAAAGAUACUUAUGUCCUUGCAUUUGCAAUUUGCUACAAACUGAAUAGCCCAGAAUCUCUUAAAAUCUGUAUUACCUUAAGAGAAGAAGCCCUAAUUAAAGGGGACGUUCUCUCCAGGAGAGCAACCUGUUUUGCUGUGGCAUUAGCUCUGAAUCAGAAUGAAGUGGGAAAAGCUGUGUCCAUUUUUUCUCAAAUCAUGAAUCCAGAGAGUAUAGCCUGCUGUAAUUUAAAUAUUGUAAUCCAUGUCCAGUCAGAUAUGUUGGAAACCCUGAUAGAGAUACUACAGAGUGCUGCAGAAGGAAAUUUAUCCAGAUUUGUGAAAAGAUACCAGUUCGCAGAGGAAGUGCUGACCAAAGUGAGAGAAAAAGUGAAGCAUGUACCCACCCUUAUGGCCAAAUUUGAUGAGAUCUAUGGGAAACUGCAGAUAAAUGGCCAAGUCACCACUUACACUUUGGAUGCUCUGCUUUGCCACACCCCCAAGGACAGGAAAUCUCACACAUUGCUAUUAAACAAGAGUACUGUCAGCCGUCGGACCUUUCAGCCCCUCAGCCAGUCCCUACUGGCCGAGUAACCUUAUCUGCAUCCUUCCUCUGGAUGCAGUGGUCCUGAGAGGUGAGGUAUCUUACUUCAGUGGACGCUAUGCUAGCACUUGAUCUCCUCCCUAAGUCCCAAGUUCACUGAGCAGUGGUAUACCAAUCAGAAUGGUUAUGAUGCUGUGAACAUCUAGAUCAGGCAGAGAAACAUCAGCUCCCUCCAGAGGGAGGCUCCCCGGUGUCAACUGAGGAAAGAACAGGGUUACGGUCUCCAGGGCAGCUUCUGGCCCAGAGUGAAACCCCCUAAGUACCAUCAGAAAGGAAUUUCACUAAGCCUGGUCAACCCCGACUGAUUUUUCAAGAGAGUAAUUACUUACAAGCUAUACCCUUGCUAAAUUUAGGAGAUCUGAAACCCUAUUCUACCAUGUUGGGAAAUAGCCAAGGGUUUUUUCAAUGCUCUGCCAUCUUGUAUCUCUGUGACCUAAGCAAGGUACUUAAGUCCUCAUUUUUCC